AAAAAAAGCAGUACUGGUCGUCCUACAGUCACUCCCAUCACAUCUGAUGAUGAUGACGCUGCGGAAGCAGGUCCGUCCAAAGAAGUCUUAAGCAGCAGAAGGCGCACUUCUGUAACACACCACAAAAAACAUCUGCCAGCAAAGAAAGCAAGGUCUGAUGUCCAGGGCCAACCACAGCAGGCUACCCCGCCACGAAGAUUAUCUACUGUUUGUUCGGUGCCCCCACUCCAAAUUUUGGACACACCUCCAAGACGACAACCAUACUCCCCUCAUCUUGAUUCUUCUAGUCCUGGUACCAGCAUCCCUCCGCAACAAAAGCAACACAGUGACAUGGAUGACACAAUCAUGUUAGAAAUGCAUCCAGUAAGCGAAGGAAUCAACCCCCCAGCACCUGUGAGUACUCCCCCACAGCAAAGCACACCACCACCCCAACACAGCCCAACAACACCAGUAACACAAGGCCCUGAUCAAGUGUUCUGUACCAUUUGGGCUAGACAGCAGGCCACUAAUGAAGAUUGCCUGCGUAGGCAGACCCAAAUGUUUGCAAGCCUACCAUCUCACCUCAGACGAAUCAGCAGAAAUCUGAGUAGACAAAAUGAAACAAACACAAGAAUUGCAAAUACCAUGGAAAUCAUACGUGAAGACGUUACACGUGUCAUGGGCAACUUACAGUGCAUAAUGGAAGAACAGCACAGACAACAGCAAAGCUAUAUAAACAUUUUAGAAAGCAAUCAAAUGAUCAAUGAAUCCAUGUCCAGAAUUGUAGACAAUCAAAAUGCUGCAACACGUGAACUCAAUGCCACCCUCACUAACCUCAAUGAAACACUCAGAUCCCUGCAGCAACAGCAAACAAGCAGCAGUUCUGGUACGACUACUCCAAAUGUAACGCCAGUGUCAUCACCACCAAGGCGCACCACCAGAGCACGCCAACACGACAGUGGUAAAGGCAAAGGCCAGGACAAGCAACCACCCAAAUAAACAUAAAAAAACCCACACCCAUUUCUUUAAAGAGAAGAGAAAAAAAAACACUUACCAAGUGUAUGAUUAACAGAAUAUAUAUAUAACACUUAGCUCCUUGACAAUUUGUACAACAUCAUUAAUUAUAACUGGUACAAACAACAAAAGGAAUUUUGUACGCACAUUUCUUCUUUAUCAUCUUUGUAUUUUUUGUUAGCAGGAAACUGUUGUUUGAGCUGCACAUAGAUCUUAGCAUGCAGAAAGCAGACCACUUGAUUUUUUUCUAAUCAUUACUCUUUCUAGAUUCUAAUCAUUCUUUGAGACAGCAGACAGACUAAUUGGCAGCCUGGCAGAUUCAUCCAUGACCAAUACAAUUUACAAUGUGAAUUGUAACUGUUUUACAUUUCUUCUCUAGACGAAUUGACAAGAAAAACACAAUCGAGUUGGCUAAAAGUGUCCUAAUAUGUUGGGGGUAAUAUUUAGAUAAUUCAGUCCGAAAAUGACUGACAUUAUUGUUGUGCCAUGUUUGUGUGUGUUAAAAAUAAGUAAUCAGAUUUAAAAACAUGAUGCAGAAACAACAACAUUUGAAAUAUUUGAAAGUUGAACACAAAUGUGUGUAAUAAUGGAUAUAUGUUGUUAAAUGUGUAUUGCCUUUCAAAUCUACAAGUUUUGGCCAGCAAACAUAAG